AUGCCUCCUCAACAGCCUUCCCUCCAGGAAGAGUCGGCACGUGUCUUCCACGAAUUCUUAUUAAAUGACACAAGGCUCGGUCUGCCAGCCAGGGUCCGCGAACUAGCCAAGAAGACUACCUUCGAUGCGGGUACUGUGUCUGCACCAUAUAUUCCUGCACCGCUCAAAAUAACCGAGUCCAGCGCGGCACUCUGGGCCUUGGCGGCAACUUACGCAAACGCCAUCGCGCAUGAACGAUACGGCAUUGAGCAAAGUGUCACCGUCAACACCGACCUUGCGAGUCUCUUUCUAGUCUCCGGUCUCAUCCCCCGCGUUGAUGGGAAACCUUUGACAGAUCCCGACCUUGCUGCGCGGUAUGCCGUCCUGGACUCGGAUAGAACUCUUUCUAUGAUGAAGCUCCCCCUUCAUAGAACCGAUAUCACGGAUGAGAUGGAAAUUAUCCAGGAAUAUUGCAAGGCGGUUUCUCAACACAACAGCGAGUGGCUGGAUAUUGAAGCCAACGAGCAUUGCCGACAGGCCGGUACUGUCUGUCUCACUCCCGAUGAGUUCCAUUCAUCUGAGCAGGGAAAGGCCAUCGCAAACGAUGCCAUCUAUUCCACCGAACAAUUCGACAUAGACACGCUACCGCCUAUAAUCGACAUCUCGCGAGUCAUUGCAGCGCCGACAAUUUCGAAACUAGCCGCACUCUAUGGUGCCACCGUGGUCAGAGUGUCUUGCGCAUCCCAGCCUGAGCUUGGGAUGUUGCUGAUUGACGGCAAUCUCGGCAAACACGACACGACAAUUAACCUUAAAUCCAUCGAGGGACGAGAACAGCUCCUGCAGCUGAUGCAGGAUGCUGAUGUGGUUGUUGAUGGAUAUCGGCCUGGGGCAUUGGAAAAGCUUGGUUUCGGACCUCGAUACCUCCGAGAGGUAGCAAAGCGGCGACAGAAGGGAAUCGUGGUCGUGAGAGAGAAUUGUUACGGCUGGCAUGGCCCCUACGUCCACCGAAGUGGCUGGCAGCAGAUUUCGGACUGCUUCACGGGUGUUAGCUGGCUUGUUGGCAAAUUCCUUGGGCUCGAUGAGCCAGUGGUUCCAUCUCUGCCUAAUUCAGACUAUCAGACGGGUAUUAUAGGUCUAAUUGGCAUUCUUGCGGCGAUCGACAGGCGGGCAAACGAAGGUGGAAGUUACCUGGUGGAUAUCUCACUCAACCAGUAUAACCAAUUCCUCCUUUCCCUUGGUGAGUAUCCAAAGGCGGUACAACAAGCGAUCCGAGCUCAGCACCUCGACCUCGAACUCCGUCAUUACCAUACCAUCUUCGCUGCAACACAGAAGAUGGUCAAGUCUUUGCAGACGUCGGUGCCGAGUUUGUUCAAAGACGAGUACUGGGAUGAAAUCGAGUCCAAUUUUGGCAAGGAGGACGGAAAGUUGGAGACUUUGACCUACGUUCGACCACCUACAAAGUUUGAGGUAACUGAGCUUGGUUACGAUGUUGGAAGCUGCUUUCCUGGUACUUACGAGCCUCGGUGGCCAUGA